UAACAUUUGCUAUGGCCGCCGUUGAAGACAAUAACCCAAACAAAGCUCUCACCACCACUAGGUUCUCCCAACUCCAACCGCCACUCUCCCAACCACUGCUCCAAGCUAUUUCAGCCGCCGGUUUUGAGUUCUGCACACCGGUUCAGGCCGCCACCAUACCCUUGCUAUGCACCUACAAAGACGUUGCGGUCGACGCCGCCACUGGCUCUGGGAAAACCCUAGCCUUCCUCCUCCCCCUAGUUGAAAUUCUCCGCCGCGCCGCCCCUCCCAAACCCCACCAGGUGGUGGGAGUAGUAAUUUCUCCAACUAGGGAGUUGGCAUUGCAGAUAUUUAAAGUUGCAGAGCCAUUUAUUGCGACAUUGUCAAAUGUUAGACCAAUGCUAUUAGUUGGAGGAGCUGAAGUGAAAGCUGAUACCACUAAAAUUGAAGAGGAAGGUGCUAAUUUGUUAAUCGGGACGCCUGGAAGGCUUAGUGAUAUAAUGGAGCAUAUGAAAAUGCUGGACUUUCGAAACCUUGAGAUAUUGAUUCUGGAUGAAGCUGAUCGGUUGUUAGACAUGGGAUUCCAGAAACAGGUAAGUUCAAUCAUAUCUCGCUUACCAAAGCUUCGUAGGACCGGCCUUUUUUCAGCUACUCAAACCGAAGCAGUUGAAGAGCUAGCCAGAGCAGGAUUAAGGAAUCCUGUGAGGGUAGAAGUGCGAUCUGAAAUAAAAAGAUCAAAGGAUGUAACCUCUUCACAGCAAAUUGCCUCUUCUAAAACUCCUUCAGGGCUCCAAAUGCAGUAUUUUCAAUGUGAAGCAGACCAGAAACCUCAACAGCUCAUUGAUCUUCUCCUAAAAAACAAAGCCCAGAAAAUAAUUAUCUAUUUCAUGACUUGUGCCUGUGUUGAUUACUGGGGAGCUGUACUUCCACGACUUUCCUUAUUGAAAGGAUUCUCUCUGAUCCCUCUUCAUGGAAAGAUGAAGCAGGCUGCAAGGGAGAAGGCAUUAGCAUCAUUUACAUCUCUUUCAAGCGGCAUUCUUCUUUGCACUGAUGUAGCAGCUCGUGGGCUUGACAUUCCUGGUGUUGACUGCAUUAUACAGUAUGACCCCCCACAGGAUCCUAAUGUGUUCAUACACAGAGUUGGCCGAACUGCCCGAAUGGGACGACAAGGAACUGCUAUUGUGUUCUUGUUACCAAAGGAGGAAGCAUACAUUGAAUUCCUCAGGAUAAGGAGAGUUCCACUCGAAGAGAGACAAUGUUCGGAUGAGGCUCCCGAUAUCAUACCCCAGAUACGUUUAGCAGCCAAAAAGGACCGUGAAAUUAUGGAGAAAGGAGUCAAGGCCUUUGUAUCUUAUGUUCGUGCUUAUAAAGAACACCAAUGUUCUUUUAUCUUCAGGUGGAAAGAUCUUGAAAUCGGGAAGUUGGGGAUGGGAUAUGGACUGUUGCAGCUCCCGGCGAUGCCUGAAGUAAGGCACUACUCUCUAUCCACCCAAGGUUUUGUUCCCGUUGAAGAUAUAAAACUGGAGGAUAUCAAGUACAAAGAAAAGUCUCGGGAGAAGCAAAGGAAGAAAAACCUGGUAGCGAAACAGGCUGCAAAAGAGCAAAAAAAGCAGCAGUCAAAAGCAACGACGAAAGCUUCUAGCUCUGUGGCCACAAGUAAGAAAACAGCCAAACAGAGACGAGCUGUUCAAUCAACAGAUGAUGCAGAUGAGUUAGAACGGGAUUAUCGCCUCCUGAAGAAAUUGAAAAAAGGUAGGAUCGAUGAAAAUGAAUUUGCAAAAUUAACUGGAACAGAGGAAUUAUGAUACUGGGAAUAGGAAGGGGUUGUUGCGCGAACAGCUACAUACGAAUAGUAAGAUGAUUACAUCAUAUCUGAACAACGCGGUUUCGUUGAGAUGAGGUGACAAGAUUAACAAUAUUUGCAACUGGUAUCAGCUUUGUUUUGUUGAUGGUUUGUAUCCAGUCAUUAGCGGUUCAACUUGAGCUGAUAGUUUUUGUAGGAAUACUUCCAUAGACGUCGGAUUUCAUGUAUCUUAGUUUGUAAUUUAGUUGAGAAUGGUCAUCUAUUUUUUACUGCAUGCUUUAGUUUUUUCAA